AUGUAUGCGCGCGCCCGCAUCUUCGAGCGCAACCACAGCGGCGUCGUCGACCUGGCGAGCAUGCAGCGGCUCAUGCGGUACAACAACUUCCGCGCGGACCCGCUCUCCCGCAUCCCGAACUGCACCGGCGCCGGUGUGAACAACACGUGCGACCCCGCGUUCAGCGCGAUGCUCAGCAUCGCCGCGCGUGGGGACCUCAACCCGCCAGGCAACGCGACGCAGUACGGCCCGCUGUUCCGCUACGUUGGCCGCCGCGACCACGGCGCGACGGACGCGAAGAUCGCUACGUGGAGCGGCAUGACGCGCAGCAGCGACAGUUACACCGCCUACGUUAUCAACGGCCCCACGAACGACCAGCAGCCCACCUUCGAGUGGACGGAGGGAAUCUUCGACCCCAUGCCGCCCAUCGACGGCCUGCCGAAGGUGUUCAACUUCAGCUUCGUCACGUACACAACGGUGGGGCCAGGCACGCCGUCCAACAACGACCGCAACAAGUGGAUUGGCGUCGGCGUUGGCGCCGGCGCCGCGGUGCUCGUUUUCAUUGCAGUCGCCAUCUUGCUUGUCCGCUCACGCCGCGAGGGAAAACCGCUGAGCGAGGAGGAGAAGGCCUUGAUUCAGUGA